AUGAUCCUCUCUAUAAAUGGUGUCCGACUCCCUACUCUUCGGUGUUCAGUUCUUCAACUUUUAUAUCUUAAACAGCGUGCGGUGCAUACAAAAACUGAAAAGCCAUGGGAUUUUCAAUUCACAGGAAAAAGAAGGGCGCAGCUUGCAAUAAGUGAGAAGGAAAAACAUCUCAAGCGCCUGCAUAAAGUCGUUCCCUGGAUCGAAUCGCCGCUGGUUGGUGCCGACCAAAAUGACCUCGUCUUCUCCCAACGGCACGAAGCAAACACUCUCGAACUAUUCUUCGAUCUGUUCUUUGUAGCCAAUCUAGCUACCUUCACGACAUAUCAUUCCGUUACUGAUAAUGAUUACUUGAUUGCCUAUGUGAGCUUCUUCGGCAUUCUGUGGUCUUGCUGGUUUCAAGUCACGCUACACGAUGUACGGUUCGCUAGAGAUUCACUGUAUGAGCGAGCAUGCAAGGUCAUACAGCUUAUUGUUUUUGUGGGAUUGGCACUGGUUGGUUCGUCGUUCAGUCCUUCGGGGCCAGACGCAGAUAACACGAACUUCCGGAUACUGUGCUAUACUCUUACGCUGAGCAGAUUUCUCCUUGCCAUGCAAUAUCUAGUGGUCCUGUUUUAUGUUUUCCGUGCAAAAUACUCCAAACUGUACCUACCUUUGAGUAUCAUGGUAGCUCUUUACGGGAUUGCAGCCCUGGUCUUCAGUACCAUGAUCGCCGCAUUCAAAGAAGGUCACCAGGCCAAACGCGGUGUCUUCGCGAUAUGGUACGUAAUGAUGGUGACUGAGGCUCUGGGAGCGAUUGCCGUCUCAUGCAUCUGGAGGAUGUUGAGUUUCAAAAAAACGCAUCUGAUGGAACGUAUGAGUUUACUCACUCUGAUUGUCAUUGGGGAGGGCGCUAUAGGUGUUACAAAGACUGUUUCCAGAUUGAUGGGAAAGUAUGGACUUGAUGCUGAGGGAUGUUUUCUUAUCAUGUGCAUCAUAUGUUCCUUGGUAUUGAUCUGGGCACUUUACUUCGACAACUUUCCCCACGGCCACUACGGGACCAUCCGCCAACAGAUCUGGUCUCUUCUCCAUUUUCCCUUCCAACUUGCCAUCGUAGGUGUCGUUGAAGGGAGCCAGCAAAUCGCACUCGCCCGCUACGUCAUCAGAAACUGGGAGAAGAUCGAACAGACCAAGAUCUCCGUAUGUCUUAAGGAGCAUCUCGACGGUCCCGCUCUGCGUGAUGCCCUUCUAAAACUGCUCGACUACAUGAAAUUUAACACCAAACAAGACACUUGGAUAUACCACCUUUUCAUUGAAUCCUUUAUCGAAGAGAUUGGUAACACAACCGACAUUUGCUCACCUACCAAUGCGGCUACAUACAAAGACCGUGAAUCGUGGCCCCAGCCAUUCUAUAACGUAACACAACUGAUGUAUGACGGCGUAUACCUCGGUUUGGGAGUAACAGUCCCAAUGUACAAAUACGAAAAUGAGUACGUAGAAGACAUUGCCAAAGAAAGCUGGAAGACUGUAUACCUCUACUACUGGACUUCCGUUUGCCUAUUAAUAGCAUGCUCACUCGUUUUUCUGUUACUCAUCCGUCGCCACCGCAUCGAUAUCUUCGACUGGGUCUCCGUCGGCACACGCAUCGUCGCCAUAAUUAUCGGUGCUUCGCUCAUCGGAAUCAUCGCCCGGUAUGAUACCAUGUACAGCUUCAUCCGCUCAUCGGCCAUCCUUCCAAUAUUCCUCUCCCUCCUCUUCGCCAUCCUCCUUUUCGACAAACUGAGCGCGGUGCUCGCCAAUCUGUCUCUUAAAAAGAGCGGUCAGCCGUACGCACUGGAGUAUGAGGAGGAGCAUCACCACCACGAGCACCAUGAUGAACAUGUCGAACUGCAUAAUAGUUCUCAGAAUCAUCCCGCGCAUUCUUCGGCCCAAAAGUCCCCGGCUUGGACUUCAUAUAGCGAGGUUACAGACGAGGCUAAUAGCACCGAGUACCGCUCCGUGAAUGGAUCCAACAGUUACGCAAUGUUUAAGAAUGCCGCGACACCAUCUCCGUCGAUGGCGCCAAUGAUGGCGAUGGGGCCUUUGGGAGUUCACAGUGGCUAUACGCCUGUUUAUAAUCCUUCGUGA